AUGUUAACAAAGAUAAUAUCACCAAUAUUGACAAUUAGAUUCUUUUCAAGACCAACAUGUUCAUUGUGUAUCGAUGCUAAAGAGAUAUUGUAUCCACUUGUUGAUGAAAACUUUGAUAGUUCUUUGAUCAAAGUCGAGGAGAUAGACAUUGACCAACCACAAAACAAAGAGUAUUACGACCUUUAUAAAAACGAUGUUCCUGUGUGUAUGGUCGAUAAGAAAUUGAUAUUCAAACAUCGUCUUUUAGAUGAAGAUAAAUUCAUUUUCGAUAUAGAUAAUCUAUUUAAACAGAAACAAAAUCAACAACAAACAAACAAACAAAAUAAAUAA